AGUAGUCCCAAUCUUUUGAUGACUCUUUGCAUGCGCCACUUUUGUAUGCAUUACUUGCCGGUGUGAAAAUUUUUUCAUCACGCACCCAAAAUUAUUAUUUUUCUCGUGCUCUCGUGCGGUGAGCUAGGGAAUCUCGAAUCAUCGCGAUUCGCGGUUUUGUUGACUGUUGUGCAAGGCCCUGUAACGCCCUACAUUGGCAUAGGGCUGAUGUGUUUUUUGCAGAGCGUGUCUUCAUUUUUCAUAGCCACGUUGCAUUGACGUCAACGUGUGACGGCCUACCGUGCUUUGAAAGCGCGAAUUGAAACGAAUCGAAUCAGCCUUUUCGUCUGUUGUGAGACAGCGUUCGAAUCAGAGUUGGCUGCUAUCUUAAUUAAAAAAGUGCUGCUGUUGAGCCGAGGCAUAGAUAAUUAAUUACUUAUUUUGACUAGAGAGCCAUGCAGAGAGUGGCAUUACCAGUGCUGUUGCUGCUCCUCACUCUUGGAGGAGUGAGGUCCCAGGCAGCAGAAGACCCGGAUUCCGAUGUUACUGUGGAGACUGAGGGCGAAGAGGGCGCGCCAGAGGAGAUCCCCUACGCGUCGCCGACGGUACCCCGUGACGCCUUUUUCGCGGAGCAUUUCGACGACCCUGCCGCCUUCGAACGCCGCUGGGUUCGCUCCCAGGCAAAGAAAGACGGCGCCGACGAUGAGAUCGCUAAAUAUGACGGCGAGUGGGAGAUCGCGCCGCUGGUGAAGCACGCGCUCCAGGGCGAUCGCGGACUGGUGCUCAAGACACGCGCCAAGCACGCAGCCAUCAGCAGCCGCCUCACCAAGCCGUUCCACUUCCUCACCAAGCCGCUGGUGGUUCAGUAUGAGGUGAACCUGCAGAACGGUCAGGAGUGCGGCGGCGCCUACCUGAAGCUGCUCUCGGACUCCCCGGACCUGAGCCCGGCCGGCUUCCGCGACCAGACGCCGUACACCAUCAUGUUUGGGCCGGACAAGUGCGGCAACGACAACAAGCUGCACUUCAUCUUCCGUCACCGCAACCCUGUGACGGGCCAGUAUGAGGAGAAGCACGCUAAGCGUGCCACGGGUGCCAUCGACUCGGCGUUCACGGACAAGGCCACCCACCUGUACCGUCUAGUAGUGCGGCCCGACAACUCGUUCGAGAUCUACCUGGACGACAAGGUGGUGAACAGCGGUAACCUGUUGGAGGACAUGACACCGCCGGUGAACCCGCCCGAGGAGAUUGACGAUCCGACCGACUCGCGGCCGGCCGACUGGGACGAGCGCGAGAAGAUCCCCGAUCCGGACGCCACGAAGCCGGACGACUGGGACGAGGACGCUCCAGCCAAGAUCGUGGACACGUCGGCCGAGAUGCCGGCAGGCUGGCUGGAGGACGAGCCAGAGAUGGUGCCAGACCCGGAGGCCGAGAAACCCGACGACUGGGACACGGAGAUGGACGGCGAGUGGGAGCCGGCGCUCAUCUCCAACCCGGCCUGUGCCAACGCACCCGGCUGCGGGCCCUGGAAGGCGCCCAUGGUGGACAACCCGGCCUACAAGGGCAAGUGGAGGGCGCCCAUGAUCGACAACCCCGCCUACAAGGGCAAAUGGGCGCCGCGACGCAUCGCCAACCCGGCCUACUUCAAGGACACCGAGCCCUUCAAGAUGACAUCGAUUGGCGCCGUCGGCAUGGAGCUGUGGUCGAUGUCGGACGGCAUCUACUUCGACAACAUCCUCAUCUCGGACUCGCUGGUGGACGCCCAGCAGUUUGCCGAGGAGACCUUCCAGCUUAAGUCCAAGAAACGCCAAAGCAAGGAGGCGGGCGUCAUUGAGCGUUUCCUGAAGUACAGCAACGAGCGGCCGUGGCUGUACGCGGUGUACGUGCUGCUGCUGGCGCUGCCCGUGGUGCUGAUCGCCUUCUUCUGCUGCUCCGGGCCGUCCAACAAGGCGGACGCUGCCGGCCGGCGCAAGAAGACCGACGAGCCGGAGCAGGACGAUGAGGUGCCCGCCGACGGAGAUGAGCAGGAGGAGGAGCAGGACGAACAAGAGGAGCAGGAGGAACAGGAGGACGCUGGCGAGGAACAGGAGGAGCAGGAGGAGUCGCCCGAGGCGGCAGGAGACGCCGCCGGACAGGAGCAGGAGGAAGGAGAACCGCACAAGGACAGCGGCGAUGAGAGGGCGGCGCCCGGCGGCGAGGGUGACGCGCCACGGUCGCCGCCGCGCCGCCGCCGGCCGCGGCGUGACUGAGCGGCCGUCGGGCCGGCGCCCGGCGGCUACCGCUCGGAGCCCGGCCACUAGUCAACCCGUGCCGCGCGCACAGACAGGACACGGCCCCGGGGGCCACGCAGCUGCCUUGUGGUGGCCGGCCGGUGUGACGCUCUGACAGGCCGGGCCGGGCCGGCCACUGCAGAUGGACGGAGGAUCAGUAAGGGACCGGGCUCGAUACGGGCUCAUAUCCGUGCCGGAGACAGACUGAGACAGGGAUGGGGGGAUGUGACACGACAGACUGAGUCGGGUUGGGGAAUUUGACGUGACGAGGCGAGGGUAUGCGACAUGAAGGACGGAGGGGUGGGUCGAGAAGCAGCGUGGUGGUAUGUGUGGCUUGAGUUUGACGGAUCAAUUCGAACAACCGUUGAGACGCAGCGCCGGCUGGCGUGCAGUGAGUGACUGGGUACUGUGUGCGUCGGUGGAAUAAUUGGGGGACAUUGCCAAUGGUUAGCAUCGAUAUCCAUGUAUCGCUUGUAUGUGUUAUAAAUCGUAUUCGUUUGUUGGUUUUCCGUUUGUUUGUGUUCAUUAUAAUAUACAGUGGCUUGCAUGUAUAGUCGCUUGUUCUUGUGAGGGAUGGUGUAUUUGUUCCCGUUCCUUUUCAGGAAGUGUUUUUGCACGGUGAUACCCAAUAAACAAUCACACGAUA